AUGAAUGAGAUUGACGAAUAUUUUGGCGACGAUUUUUUUGAAGAGAAUGAAGUUGAACAGCCGAGUGGGGAAGCAGCAACAUCGGAUGCUGACGUGAUAAACAGAGCCUUUAAAAAGGAAAGGAUUCGUAAACAAACUGGUCAGCGGCCGAAAUUGAGUGAGAUGGAACUUUGCGGCACAAAAGGGAUAGCGGCGUUGGAACCGUUGUUCAAGGACUGCAAGUAUAAUCUCAAGGGGAAUCCGUAUACUAAUUUGAGUCGAAUGAUGUCUAAAAUUGAACACUGGGCUCAUCUGUUGUAUCCCUCAAUGAAUUUUGAUGACUUCAUUGCUAGGGUGGAGACGCUUGGUGAAAAAAGGAUGGUUCAGGCUUAUAUGAAUAAAAUGAGAUUUGGUGACAUGACAAAUGGCGGCGAUAACAGCUCAGAGCUAGGAAAUGAAGAACGGGAUGACGUGCAGAACAAUCCUCCAUUUGAAAGCAGUCUUCUAGAUGAGGACUCAAAAACCGCUGUUGGAGAAGCGUCGCCAAUGGAAGAGAAUGAAGUCCUAAGCGAAGGAAAAUCACCUUUCCAGAAUAUGAUGAGUACUAUAAGUGACCCUGAUUAUAUAGAAAAUGAAAUGGGACCUCUAAGGCAAACUUUACAAAACGAUGGUGACGGCGUGGACGAGAAUAGCGCUUUAGAUUUUAUAUAUACAGCAUGA